AGAGUAGGGACCAAAGCACGAAGUUUCCUGGCAUUGCCAGAGCACCACAUCUGUCCUAUUCGAACCAUUUUCCGAUCUCUCAAUCACACAAAAAUCCAAUCUUUCUCUCUCACUCACUCCCUCCCUCCCUCAAUUCCAUUGAUUUUGAUUCAUCCAAAUUCCGAUUCAAAUUCCAGAUCAAAUCGCUUAAUCAACAACUAAUCCUAACCCUACAACGACAAUGUCUUCUACUUUCAGUGGCGAUGAAACUGCUCCCUUCUUCGGCUUUCUCGGCGCCGCAGCUGCCCUAGUCUUCUCAUGUAUGGGAGCGGCUUAUGGAACAGCGAAGAGUGGAGUGGGUGUGGCUUCCAUGGGUGUCAUGAGACCUGAACUUGUGAUGAAAUCGAUAGUUCCUGUUGUUAUGGCUGGAGUUUUAGGUAUUUAUGGGUUGAUUAUUGCUGUUAUUAUCAGUACUGGAAUUAACCCUAAAGCCAAAUCCUAUUAUCUCUUUGAUGGUUAUGCACAUCUAUCUUCUGGUCUCGCUUGUGGUCUUGCUGGUCUUUCUGCUGGUAUGGCUAUUGGUAUCGUCGGUGAUGCCGGUGUUAGAGCUAAUGCACAGCAGCCAAAACUCUUUGUUGGUAUGAUCCUGAUUCUCAUCUUUGCUGAAGCUUUGGCUUUGUACGGUCUUAUUGUCGGUAUCAUUCUCUCUUCACGAGCUGGCCAAUCGAGAGCAGAAUAGAAAAUCAUUUGUUCAAAUGUUCUACCCUGAACUUUGUUGAAAUUAGAUGGUACUUUCUUUAAGCACCUGAAACUGACAUUGGAAAUGGUGGUGCCAUUUAUUUUUUACAAAAUCUUUAUCAUAAACUUGUGAUUGCUUCAUAAAAGUCAUAUUCUUCUACUGGGUGUUGCACUUAGAAUGAGUUUUGGUUUAAUAAAGCUUGCUAAGCUGUACAAUUUAAUUGAGAUUUUCUGUAUCUACACAUAAAUUCAACUUAGGGUAGAAGCCAUUGUCAUGGCAUCUCCCCUGCAUUUUUCAAGCUAUCAUUGUUUCUGUCUA